CAAAAAUCUUUUUAUUUCUAAGGGGGAUGUAUUUUCUUUAUGUUCAAUGUCUUCAAAAAAGUUUUAUAUCAGCUUUCUCGAAUUUCGGAAAAUAAUUUACAAUAUGCAAUUAUUAAAUUUGUAAUUCCAGGUUGAUUGAAGCUUAACAUUGACAGAAGGUUAAAUAUAUUCUGCAUUAAAUAUGAGUUCUACUUACUACGUUGUCAUUCAGCGACCGAAAUCAGUUUAAACUACUUUAGUCAUGUUCGCCUUCUACUUUUGUCUCCCGCGGUCGCAAAUUACAGGUUUUUUAUCAAAUGUCAACGGCAGCUUUGUGAAAUCGCAUCUAAUUACGGGGCUAAAAAUAAGUGCAGCCACAACUAAUCGCCGACUCGUAUGGCUGGAAUCUCCACAGACUCAUUAAAAUUAUAAUGCACUUCCUGGGAACUGAAGGCUGCCAUUUGAUUGUCAAGAAGAGCAAAGGAAAGGGCCGACAUUAAAUAGAAUGCAGCGAAAUGCAAAAAAAAAGUCGUGUAAUUAGAGCCAUAAAUGCACUUGAAUUUCACCCAGGUCCACACCCAUUUAACCCACUAAACGGCGCACAAAAGAAGCAUUUUAAAUGAAAGCAGUGCCAAAUCCUUCACGUCAACAAUUAGCAAAAAAAAAUAAACACAGUGGACAUUGGGAUUCAAUUCAAUUUUUAUAAGGAGCUGUACAUCAAUAUCUAGUUCUUGCCACAGGGAAAAAUAAAAGUCUGUUUAUGGUUUGGUGAAAAAACCCUUUUUGAAGUAUGUAACACAUUAAAACUUUAAAACAGAUCCACCUGAAAAUGAUCAUUUAUUAUUUUUGGCACACAAUAUAGAAGUUUUCUGUGCAAAGUAUUUUAUUAAAAAAUUAAAAAUAAAUGCAUUUUUAAAGUUAAGACAAUGUACAAAGAACUCAGUUAACAUAUUAUAUUUGUUUUAGUUGAAUUUACAUAAGCAUUUGAAGGUAGAAAAUGUUUUACUGAUAGUUCGAUUUUAUGAAGCAGAGUUUUUGUUUUAAAUUUAAAAAGUAUCUUGAAUUUUUUGCAAGGAUUUCCGACUUAAAAAGUUCGCCUGUAUCCUUGACAUGACAGCGGAUGCCACGCCCCCCGAUUUGCGGCAAUAAAAACCGGGCGACAGACGAGUGGGAACCUCAGAGUUCGGCUGUUCGAGAUGAGUGACCACCAAAAGGGAAAAUCAAAGGAAAAUCCGGAAAAGGAGCAGGGUGGUCAGGGCAAGUCGCUGCGGGUCCAAAUCCUCGUUUACCGCUGCAUGGGCAUCGACCUGUGGAGUCCGACGACCGCCAACGACCGCCCGCUGCUCACGUUCAUCACGAUGGGACCGCUCUUCCUGUUCAUGGUGCCCAUGUUCCUCGCCGCCCACGAGUACAUCACCCAGGUGAGCCUGCUCUCGGACACCCUCGGCUCCACCUUCGCCAGCAUGCUCACCCUGGUCAAGUUCCUGCUCUUCUGCUACCAUCGAGCGGAGUUCGUGGGCCUCAUCUACCGCAUCAGGGCCAUCCUGGACAAGGAAAUCAGUGUGUGGCCAGAUGCGCGGGAAAUCGUGGAGGAGGAGAACCGGAGUGACCAGAUGCUCAGUUUGACGUACACUCGUUGCUUUGGCCUGGCCGGAAUCUUCGCUGCUCUGAAGCCCUUCGUGGGCAUUGUGAUUUCCCUGAUUCGCGGCGACCAGAUCCACCUGGAGCUGCCCCACAACGGGGUGUAUCCUUAUGACCUUCAGGUGGUCAUGUGGUACGUGCCCACCUAUCUGUGGAACGUGAUGGCCAGCUACAGCGCAGUGACGAUGGCGUUGUGCGUGGACUCCUUGCUCUUCUUUUUCACGUACAACGUGUGUGCGAUUUUCCGGAUCGCCAAGCACCGGAUCAUCAACCUGGCGGCGGUGGGCGGAGCGGAGGAGCUGGAGGGUCUCGUCCAGGUGCUGCUGCUCCACCAGAAGGGCCUGCAGAUCGCCGAGCAGAUAGCGGACAGGUACCGACCGCUGAUCUUCCUGCAGUUCUUCCUCUCCGCUCUGCAGAUCUGCUUCAUUGGCUUCCAGGUGGCCGACCUGUUUCCCAAUCCGCAGAGCCUCUACUUUGUUGCCUUCGUGGGCUCCCUGCUCAUCGCCCUCUUCAUCUACUCGAAGUGCGGGGAGAACAUCAAGAGCGCCAGUCUGGAGUUCGGCAACGGGCUCUACGAGAGCGACUGGACGGCCUUCGCUCCGCCCACCAAGCGCGUCCUCCUCAUCGCCGCCAUGCGCGCCCAGCGACCUUGCCAGAUGAAGGGCUACUUCUUCGAGGCCAGCAUGGCCACCUUCUCGGCGAUUGUGCGCUCCGCCAUGUCCUACAUCAUGAUGCUGCGCUCCUUUAACGCUUAAAAAGGACCCAAGUCGCGGAAGGAAACAGGAAACAAGAAGCAGAGAGAGAGGAGUAAGAGGAUCAAGGCCUCCCGUGGUAUUUUAAGCAGGUGCGCUUGCUGACGAAGCAGUUCGCGAAGUGCACAGUGAAAAUGGGAUUCAUUUUAUGAAGGAUAUAAUAUAUUUACGAAAGUGCACGGCACACCCUUUUUGCUUAAUAAAUUAAAAGUAAUUAAA